AUGGUUCCUACCUCCCGGGAUGGGCUUACCUGGGACGAAAGCGGAUUCGAACUUAGGCCAGCCUGGACCCGAGAGCCUUCAUUGGAGGCUAUUACAAACGUAUGCCGUGAGAAGCUUCGCAUAGAGAAAUCAGAAGCUUGUGAUGUUUCAUUCUACGCUGCAGGAGCCUUCAACAAGCUCUAUCUAAUUCAAAUGAACCAUCAGCAGCUGCUCAUAAGAGUCUCGCUGCCCGUUCACCCGCAAAAGCAAGACCCGGGGCGAAGUCACGACGCUACGGGUAACCACUUUGAUUACGACGUUGCCCGUGGUCCGUUUCGCUCGACUUAUGAUUGGCUCGCCUCAUACCUCGAGAUCAUCAUUAAAGACCAAACUACGGCCAAAGAAGAGGCUGAAGACGAGGAGGAUGAAGAAGAUGCUGCGUUUGCGUUAGCGCUUGCUCAUCGAUUGGCCGAUCUUCUUCCUAAAAUAUUCCCUUCUCUUCAGAACCCACCCGAACAAUCCGUGAUAUGGCACGAAGAUAUGUCACUCAGCAACAUCCUCAUCAAUGAGCAAGGCGAAAUCACCCCACUGCUUGAUUGGGAAUGCGUGUCGGCCAUGCCACCGUGGAUGGCUACCGCAGUGCCCAAAUUUUUACAGGGAUCAGUCCGGGAGGAAGAACCAAAGCGACAAGACUACGCGGAUGAAACCGAGAAUGAGCCUGAAACGCCUGUAGAUGGUGAGGAUGAUGACCUUGACAAUGAAGGAAAGAAUGAGCUGUAUUGGAUUCAUUUGAUGGAGUACGAAAAGACUCAAUUGAGACGACUCUACCAGGCACAAAUGUGCAAAUCACGGCCAGGCUGGGAUUCUGAGAUUAAACAAAACUCACUAAAGGAGGACUUCAUCGGCGCAGUCUUUCGUUGCGGCCACGGAUUUUCUCUCAAAAGGAUCGUGCAGUGGGUCGAUGCAAUAGAUAAAGGCCAAUUCCCAAGGCUGAAAGAUGUGCUAGAGGCAGGCUUGAGGCCAUAG